AUGUCAAAUAUCUCACCACCGCUCAUGACGGCCGAGGACGAGGUUGUGGGCGACCUGGACGAGCCCCCUGAACCUCGCGCGCAGCGCCCUGCACCCUUGGCUCUUCGUCACUCCUCGACAACGUCCUUCACCAAGUCGAAACCUCUCUUCGAUCGCAAGGAAUCGCUUCUCACUUCGGCACUCAAGUCGGGCUCGAAUGCGAGUUCGCCCGUCGAAGAACACUCGGAUGCAAGCCCAGUCCGCGGCAUGUCGUGCGUUUCGACAUGGAGCAACAACAGCGGUACAGCUGAUCUCACAAGCGACGGAGGCUUCACAAGCCCCGGCACACGGCCCUGCACACCGAGCCCACCACCCCCCUCGGGAGCGUUCCACAGCAUGUUGCCUACGUUCAACAAGAAACCGUUGGAGCUACCAGUAUCCGUUGUCUCGCACGAUGAUGAGAACGUCACUCCGGUACCAAAGACGGUGCCUCAAAGCACCGAGCAGAGCAUUGAAGCCGUUUUGGGAAGAAAGAGGUGCAUCAUGUUUGCAUGCGGCCCAAAGGAGGAUAAGAAGCCAGUGGAGGCACCUACAAAGCCCGCACCUGCGCCUGCAACUCAAACCGGAGAACCUCCUAAGCGCGUCUGCACCAUCAAGUUCGCGUGUCCAUCUAAGCCAUCCACAGAGGCAUCCUCCAAGCCCAGGCGCAUGGCCAGUCCCGCGCCACCACCACGCCGCAUUCCUUCGUCUCCAAAGCCUGCCACCAAGGUGCAUCGGGACUCGGACUCUACGGUUCGCAACAAUUCUCCUGUCAGCGUUCGAAAGGUACGCCCGGUCGACCGAACUCGUCGUUUGAGUUCCAACUCCGACCUCGCUCGCUGCGAAGCAUACCGCUUCCACGAGUUUGCUAGCUCGGAAGAGGAGGUUGAAGAAUGGACCCAAGAAGUUACCUGCCACCGAAGCCGGCUUACGGUCCAGGAUACUCUUAAGAUCGAGAACAACCUGCGUAAGCUAGGCGAGGAGGUGGCAGAAGAAGAGGCGAUCGACGAAGAAGACGAGGAUGAGGACGAGGAUGGGGACAAUGUUGAAAUGGACGACGACGACGAUGAUCUGCUUGACGAGGAUGCGGACGGUAGCGACGCCUACAGCGACGCUACUGAUGAAGGCUUUCAGACUGAUGAUGAGAACGGAUUCGCCGUCUCAGAUGACGAGGACGAUGCUGGAUCUGACUACGAUUGGUGGGCACCCGGAGCAUCAACCGCAGCGACAUCUGUGGAGCACUUGGAACAUCUUCGCCUAAAGACUCACCGAACGGUAUCAGAAUCGUCGAUUGGAUCCCUGGAAAGCCGCGAAGGUCUCAAGAUCAUGGAUAAGCCUUCCAAGCGCAGAAAGUCGAAGCCGGUCAACAUCCGUGUUCCCAGUCCCGAGCUGCCUGAUAGUACCGACUUUGUUUGUGGUACUCUUGAUGAGGAUAGGCCUGCCGAAGCUGCGUACAUGUCAACACUUGAGCGCCGGCGCGCAGCCAAGCACAAGCCAACGCCCCAGGACAUCGACCCUACAUUCCCAACGUCGGACCCCGAACUUCCUGACGAUGACGAAGACGAGGUCUCCGAGAAUGAGAAAGUUUCCGAGUCUGACCAUCUUAUGAUCCAUGGUCGCAUGGACCCCGUGAAUAUUGAUGGACGAGGGCGCCAGCAUAUCUCUAAGAAGCGCUCUCCCCUACCGUCACCUAAGCGCUUGCGAUCACCUCCACCUGCAAAGCGUGCUGUGCACCGCUCGCCACCACCACGUAAGCUGUUUGGAAAUUCUCCCAAGCGGCUACAAUCUCCUCCGCCUCCAAUGCGUCUCAGAUCACCACCACCGACACGUCGCGGUUCCGUCAAUCCUGUAACCACACGUCAACGCAGCGAUACGUCGAUACGCUUUGCUGGUAUUGCCGAGCGCCCUGCACCUACAGUCUCAGCUUCCGUUCCUCGAACCCCCAUCACUAUGAGAAAUCCAUUCGAUCUUGAGGAUGAUGAGGAUGCUGAUGCGUCAGAUAUGCCCAUCCGCCGUGCCAUUGACAUCAAGGUCGGGCUCGAAAAGAAGAGGCAACGACGCAAGGAGAAGUUGUACCGUAAGCAACACCGCAAAGGCGCCAAAGAGAAGCGGCCCGCUCCCGGACGUGGUGCAGAACGCAUGCGUGAGAUGGGAUUAGCGGUACACGCUCAUAAAGGCAAGACGACUGUCUUCCAACCGUUCCGAAUCUGCCCUGAGGCGGAUGAAGACAUGCAUGUGCUGUCAGCGUGA